AUGGAUCUCUCCGCAGAGAUGUUAGUUGACUUGGACAGGCAUGAGAACCUUGUCAGCCCUACCAGUGAACUUCUCCAGGCAGAGAGGCCUGAUUCCACCUGCACUAAUUUUCCAAACAGCUUUGGUUCUACCGACCAUGCUGACAAUUUCGGCCAAGGAAGACCAGAUUCUACCUGUACUACUUUUCCAAACAACUUUGAAUUCAACCCUGCCGAGAGGCCCGACACCAGUACCAGCGCUCCAACAGGAGACCUAGCUGUCACCGCCACUGAUAUCACUCACCGCAAAACGAGUGCGGCUGUUGUACCAGCGGAUAGAUACUCUGAAGCUGCCGGGGCCCCAGACAGUCGGCGCGCUAAACUGAAGCGACGAUUACCUAUCCCUGUGAGACCACUGUCCAAUGAACAAAAUCUUAACCUAAAAAGACGAGCAUCUCUUUGCGAGGAGGGUUCUCCUUGGUUGAAAUACAAGAAAUGCAUGGAAGGCGCACCUGGGAAGACAUGUCUAGCUUAUGAAGUUAGAUCGCCGGGUACAGUAGUGGCCAUCAAACAAUACAAAGAUGCUCAGACCAGCCAAACACGGGUCCUUACUAAACCGUCGCACACAAAUAUUGUCAAAAUAUUGCACAUAUUUAUAGAGCAAAAAACGGUUUAUUUCGCCUAUGAACGGAUGGAAGUUACGCUGCAACAUUUGUACUCUGUUGUGUCUCUGCAGGAACUAGAAAUAUCGUAUACCUGUAAGGAGAUCUUGCACGGUCUUUGGUACAUCCACGAGCAACUUGGUAUCUGCCACACCAGAAUCCAGAGUGACAAUAUUUUUAUCAGCGCACAGGGAGUUGUCAAGAUUGCUGACAUAGGCGCAUGCAUGUUAGACCGUCAGCGGGGUUCUAAGGAAAUGGACAUCAAAGCUGUGGGCAAGGUGCUGACGGAGCUAAUGGAGCCGGGGACGAGGUAUUCUACCGGAAGUAUCAAUCUCCUAGAGCCCGAGAAGUGGAGCCAAGAGAUUCGAGAUUUCCGAAGGCAAACAGAUAAUUCCUCUAUUCUAGAACUUUUGCAGGCGCCAUAG